CGGUGAUAUCUAUACAUACUGUUCCCAACGCCCCGACUCUCUCUAUGCAGCACGCAGCGUAACCCCUCCACUGGAAUUCCGCAUCCCGCACUUGCACUCUCGUUCUCCUCCCUACCAGCAUUCACACUAUUUGAAUCCUCACUUCGAACCUUCUUCGACGGCGCAAAAGCUAGGGAACAACCAUGGCGACCGGCGGCGCAGACCCGACCGGCAGCGGACAGCAAGCAAGUACUCCAGGACUGCGAUAUCCGUCAAACAAGAAGACAAUAUACGACCGCAACUUGAAUCGCAGUAAGAAUGCGGAGCUGAGUCGAGCGGCAUUUGCAUACCUGUUUGUGGAGAUGAUAUCGUACGCGCAACGGAACGUGCGGGACAUUGCCGCUCUAGAAAAGCGUCUCAACGAACAAGGCUACCCCCUCGGCCUCCGCCUCCUCGACCUGCUUCUCUCUCGCUCCUCCAAUCCCCUCGCCAGUAUCCGACCCACGCGAAUCCACACGUUGAUCCAAUGGGUUGCCCAAACUCUCUGGCGGCACCUCUUCGGCCGCCCCGCCGACGCGCUCGAACGCUCCGCGACCGACGCAACGCAGUACAUGCUGUACGACAACGAUCCGAUGGUGAGCACGUACAUCAGUUUACCGAGAGAGAUGCGCGGGUUGAACUGUGCGGCGUUCGUAGCAGGGAUUGUGGAAGGGGUAUGCGACGGGGCGGGUUUUGCGACGGAGGGAGUCACGGCGCAUAGCGUGGGGGAUCAGGGGUCGCAGGAAGGGGAUGCGGCGGGUGCGGCGCCGAAGAAAGAGAUGUGGCCGGAUAAGACGGUGUUUUUGAUCAAGUUCAAGCAGGAAGUUCUGGAAAGGGAGGAGAUUCUGGCCAAAGGUGCGGGAUGAUGCGCUCAGGACGAUAGUUUGAGAGGGGUAAUUUGAAUGGAUUGGAGUUACGGUGCGAACGGCAUAACUGUGCAUGUUGAACCGAAGGUCUCACGGGUUACUUCGACAUUGUGGAGAGGCAAGGAAAUGCACAUUUUUCAGGCGACAACGAACUGAUGCCUGAUGGCUUCUUCGAAGGAGAAAUAGCAUGUAGUGGCAUUAACUAGCGAGCACGAGUUGUAACUGCUCGCCACGAGAUCCGUUAUUAUUGAUAGACGAGCCCAGAGAACGCAGACUUCGAGAGGGGUGUCUGAAUUUCUGAGCCGGUAUCCAAGGCUCCCACGCACAAAACCUGCGCAAAUACCCGCAGGAAUUCUAUCUCUGAGCCUGAGAUAUCUCCUAUAAUGUAUCUGGUCAAGCUUUUAAG